UAUCAACGACGUAAGCCUUAAUGUCUGUUAUGGCGUUUAUAAGAAGCAGCUGCUCGCGUUGCUUCAAAAUACCGGACUUGUAGUAAAAAGUUCGUUCGAAAAAGUCGAAUCUUGUAUUGUUCGAUAAAAAAGUUUCUAUUUUUUAAUUUUUGUGUUAAGUUAUCCGACAAUAUGACGGACUUGACGGAAUUGAGAAUGAACGUGGCUGCGUUGAAACGCGUUGACCCCUACGUGAAGGAUAUUCUAGAGACAGCGACUCAUGUAGCUUUGUACACUUUUAAUGGAGAUAAUAACGAAUGGGAAAAAACUGACAUCGAGGGUGCUUUAUUUGUUUACUCUCGGAACGGCGAACCGUACAAUAGUAUUCUCAUUAUGAAUAGAUUGAAUACAAAUAAUUUAGUAGAACCAGUAACGCAAGGCCUAGACUUACAGUUACAAGCACCUUUUCUAUUAUAUAGAAAUUCACGGUGUAAUAUUUAUGGUAUUUGGUUUUACGACAAAGAAGAGUGUAUACGUAUAGCAGCCAUGUUAUAUAAACUCGUUAUGGAGUCUGAAAAAAAUCGAAAGGCAGCUAAUAAACCUUCCAUUCAAAAUAAAAAGAAUGCAGGGUCUAAUGCGAAUAAUGUGGAUAUAUUUAGUAUGCUUAGUAAAGCUCAAGAGGAUUUCAAUACGAACAGAGCAAAUAGCGGAGGUGGUAGUACUAAACCAUCUGAAACCAAAUCCCCUACCAAUACCCCUGCGACGGAUAAUAAUUCUGGACCUUUUGCGGCUCCAUUAGGUCCUGAUGUUACCUCGCAAAGUGUAAUGGAUUUCUUUGCAAAAGCUAAAGUAAAUACUGGGCAUUUCAAAGCCGGUGAUCAACCUACCGCUAUAAAUACAGGGACAAAUGAAAAUAAGCCAUUACUAUUGGCACGUUUAAUGUCUCAUCCAGCAGCACAUACAUUAGAACAUAUCGAAAAACAACAGAGAUCGAUAACUCCACAACCAUCGACAUUGCAAUCACAAACACCUGCUGCUUCUACGACAUCGAUUAACGUAGCUAGUAUAACUUUGUUAGGCAGGUCUAAAAGACGGAACAAAACUGUUUCCCAAGACACGGCGAUGUCUACGUCAGCAUCAGUUUCUCAAGAUCUUCAGCCAUCGGUAAACCAAAGCACUAGUGAAACAAACGGUUCAUCUGGAUUUCUUAGGAUACAAUCACCAACAAAUACAACAUCUUCUAACAUAACCAAUCAUCAAACUUCAAAUAUUAUUACACCUAGCAAUACAAAUCCUCUUGCAUCUUUAUUUGCUCAUGUAUCAGGCAAUACAGCUUCAGAAGAUAUUAUCACGACUCCAGCUUUAUCGGGUACGGGAUCAGCACCUGCAUUGAUACCUCCUGUAAUGUUUGCGGCCCCAAGUCCUGCAGAACCAUUAGCUAGGCCAUUAGAACCGCUGACAAGGAAUCAGCUGCUUCAAGCUUUUAAUUAUCUCUUGAGAAGUGAUCCAGAUUUUAUCAACAAACUUCACGAAGCUUACGUUAAGUCGUUCGGCGAAAUUGUCUUCUAAAUACAUACUACAAAAAAAAAAAAAAAAAAAAAAAAAGAAAAAAAAACUACAAUUUGUAAGCGAUUAAUAAAACGCAUCAUGCGGGUUGUGAUUAUCGACUGACGAUAUGAUCAAGAGAAUUUGAUAUUCCUAAGUUACAUAUGUGUACAUAAUAUGUCAUGCUUGAAAUUCGAUUGACAUUAAAAUAGCCGAUCACCCAAUUUGGGAGAAAAGGCAGGAAUAAAUGAAAAUAUAUAUA